AUGGAAUCUAUGGAGAACAGAUCUGAAAUGGAUGAGUUCAUCCUUAAAGGAAUAACAGAUGUUCCAGAGCUUCAGGUUCCUCUCUUCAUAAUAUUCACCUUCAUCUACCUCACCACUCUGGUGGGGAACCUGGGGAUGGUAGCUUUGAUCUCCUGGGAUUCCCACCUCCACACCCCCAUGUAUUUUUUUCUCAGUAACCUCUCUCUGGUAGAUUUUGGCUAUUCUUCAACCAUUACUCCCAAGGUAAUGGCUGGGCUCCUCAUCGGAAACAAAAUUAUUUCCUACAAUGAAUGUGCAGCCCAAUUGUUUUUCUUUGGGGCCUUUGUUAUUAUUGAAAAUUUCCUUCUAGCCACCAUGGCCUAUGAUCGCCAUGAAGCUGUGUGUAAGCCCCUACAUUACACCACCACCAUGACACCAACUCUAUGUGCAUCUCUGGUCUCUGGUGCUCACAUCUGUGGCUUUCUGACAUCCUCCAUAGUCAUAGGAAACAUAUUUAGCCUUUCCUUUUGUGGAUCAAACAUAGUGCAUCACUUUUUCUGUGAUAUCCCCCCUCUCCUAGUUCUUUCUUGCUCUGAUAUUCACAUUACUGAGUUAAUAAUCUUUAUUUUGGGGUCAUUCAAUGCCUUCUUCCCAUUUCUUGUCAUCUUUACUUCUUACUUGUUAAUUUUCAUCACUAUCUUGAAGAUUCGUUCUGCUGAAGGCCACCAGAAAGCCUUCUCCACCUGUGCUUCCCAUCUCACAGCAGUGAGUAUAUUUUAUGGGACAGUCAUUUUCAUGUAUUUCCAGCCUAGUUCAAACCAUUCAAUGGACUCAGACAAAAUAGUGUCAAUAUUCUACACCAUGGUCAUCCCUAUGCUGAACCCUCUAGUUUACAGUCUUAGGAAUAAAGAUGUUAAAAAUGCUUUCAGAAAAGCUGUGAAAGGACAGCAACUUCAAUUAGAUCAUCUUUUUUCUUAG